AUGCACGUAAACAGUGAGUUUUACGUACUACUAGCAGUGCUAGUCGCCGCGUUCUCGUACGUCGCUAGCUCGACAUGCAGCGACAGCCGACCAAACAUAGUUCUCAUACUAGCCGACGACAUGGGCUGGGGCGACCUGUCCGUAUAUGGUCACCCAUCCCAGGAGUGGGGCCGUAUAGAUCAGAUGGCUGCGGAAGGCAUGAGGUUUACUAAUUUCUACAGUGCCUCCAGCAUGUGUUCCCCAAGCAGAGCGUCUAUCCUGACAGGGAGAGUUCCACCGAGGACAGGUGUGUGGAACGCAAACUAUUCUAGCAUAUCUCUCUUCGGACCCAUGGAUUCAACAGGAUUACCUGCCGAAGAGCUGACUAUAGCUGAGGUGCUGAGAGAAGCCGGCUAUCGCACGGGCAUGGUCGGCAAAUGGCACCUAGGAACGAAUCAGUAUAACUCGUCUGAUGGUGUUCACCUGCCGCAUCACCAUGGCUUCGACUACGUCGGUACGUCACUACCAUUCUCGAUGACGUGGCACUGCGACGAACAUCAGAUUCACAUUCCCAAGCCGCCUCCAUUCUGCUUCCUCUACAGAGGCGCGGAGCUGGUGCAGCAACCGAUAGACAUGCAUCACAUGACCGAAUCGAUCGUAGAAGACGCCGUCAGCUUCAUCGAAGAUAACGUUGAUCGGAAAUUCUUCCUCUAUCUGUCGCUGACUCACACUCACAUAGAUCUCACCGUCACUCCGAGAUUCCACAAGUCCUCCGCUAGAGGCAGGUACGGUGACAACGUUAAUGAGAUGCAGUGGGUAGUAGGGACGGUCCUCGAUACGCUACAGUCACGCCAUCUACAAGAGAAUACUCUCGUCUUCUUCGUUUCUGACAACGGUCCCGAUGUUAAUAUAUGCGAGGAAGGCGGUUCCCCCGGUAUACUACGGGGUGGUAAAGGUAAAACCUGGGACGGGGGAAUCCGCGUGCCUGCUGUAGCGUAUUGGCCAUGUCGCAUUCAGGCCGGCCACACAUCUAAAGCUAUCCUCAGCACCACUGAUCUGCUGCCAACGUUCGCCGAGCUAGCACGCAAACAGCUGCCUACCGACAUAACGAUAGACGGAAAGAGCAUGAGUAGCGUUUUGUUUGACGGCAGCGCCACCUCUCAUGAGAUUCUCUACUUCUAUUGUGCCGACGUCUUAAUGGCGGUGCGAUACGGAAACUACAAGAUCCACUUCCGGUCUCAGAGCGUCAGUCCGCCAGAGUACUAUGACGACGACUCGACUUGCGUCAAUGGCGUGCCUCAGGACUUCCCCUUCCUUUGUUAUGACUGCGAGGGCGACUGCGUGACGUCACACGACCCUCCGCUGUAUUUCGACAUUGAGAAUGAUCCCGGGGAAAGAUGGCCGCUGGGGGAAAAUAAGAUUCCUGAGGAGGUGUUAUUGAGGGUGGCGUCGCUAGUGUUUGAGCACAAGAAGGGCAUGGUUGCGAGAUCAGCAGAGAUCGGAUCCGAGCCGCUAGACCCUAGUCUGCAGCCAUGCUGCAACCCACCAGCAUGCACUUGUAACUACCCCGGUAAGAUAUGACGCAUGGAUGGUGAAUAUGAUGCAUGGAGUCCCCCUUGUCCACUGACCUCUAUAUACUAGCUGUUAGUAUAAUAUAGAGAUGACACUGCCACUAGUAUAUCCGUGACGCAAGCCCGUGUAUUUUGCCGCUCUACCGGGAGAAAUAAUUAUGAAGCGCACAUUUCAGCAUUGUUUGUAAUUAAGACAGUAACAUGGUUGUGGUGUGUAUACGGUGUAACAAUAAAAUAGUUAUAGACUGUGUAUGUUACGCGGGUGUGUAACUACCUUUAAUAUCAAUUAGUUUUUUUAAAUCUU